UUUGGUGCAAAAUUACUCUUCUUUCAAGACAACAGAUAAAGCCAAUUUCAGUGAAGUAUGGACUUGGCAUACCAGAUCAUGAUAGUGAAGGGAGGCUUGUUACAGUGGAGUUUGAUUCAUUCUACUUAAUUACUGGAUAUGUGCCUAAUUCUGGUGAUGGCUUAAGAAGAUUGACUUACAGGGUUAAAGAAUGGGAUCCAUCUCUUAGCAAUUACAUGAAAGACUUGGAAAAAUUCAAGCCUGUGAUUUUAACCGGUGACCUGAACUGUGCUCAUCAAGAGAUUGAUAUAUUUAAUCCUGCAGGAAAUCGCAGAAGUGCUGGAUUUACAGAUGAAGAAAGGCAAUCAUUCGAGUCAAACUUUUUGUUGAGAGGGUUUGUGGAUACCUUUAGAAAACAACAUCCUGGUGUAGUGGCUUAUACCUAUUGGGGUUAUAGGCAUGGUGGGCGCAAAACCAACAAAGGGUGGCGACUUGAUUAUUUUCUUGUCUCAGAGUCCAUAGCGGAUAAAGUAUAUGACUCCUAUAUUCUUCCAGAUGUCAUUGGCAGCGACCAUUGCCCAAUAGGCCUCAUAUUAAAUCUCUAGGUUUAGCUGAAUUGGAGUGCCUGAACUAGAAUCAAUUAGGGGAAGAUUCUGUACCGUGCUCUAACCCCAUCCUCAGGUUAACUUCUCAUCAUAGGCUAAUGUAUGCUCAAGUAAAAGUCGGCUUUUCCUUAUUAAAUGUCUGCAAUUCCAUCCUAGUGAUGCAAUUAGCAUAUGCAAUUAUCGGCAUCAUGUCAAAGCAAUGCAGCAUUGACCUAACUUUUGUGACCUGUGGUUAGACCUUGAUGUAUCUGGGCAUUUGAAAAUCUUUUUUAUAUCUUAAACAAGGAACCUGGGAAAAUUCAUAUGGGUCGGUUGUAUGCAAAAAGCAUUCUCUGUAGGAGUAAGGAUUUCAUGUACAAUGUUCCCUCCUUUAAAUGUCAGCUGGCUUUUGUUUUUUGUUUUUUUUGAAUUGUUUAAUAUUAGAUGAUCUUUUGCUUUGGUUUUGAAGUCAUAUUAGGUGCUUGUGUGGAAUGUGCUCUCAUCUAUCUGGUGUGCAUAGUUGCACCAGCUACAUAUAUAAAAGCUCCAAUUUUUCUUUCAUUUUCUCA